AUGAGUGGUGGUAGCGCCAUUGGCCGCUUGCUGCGUUUGAGCCGGACCGUGUCUCUUCCCAGUGUCAAGCAGGGAACAACUCUGUCCUUUCGCUCCAGAAUCCCCACUGCCUUGACGAUUCAGUCGGCUUGGCGAGACGAUGGAGCUGUCACCUUGUUGCAUUCCCUGCCUACGGGUAGCAGCAAGAAGGUGCCAUUAGUGAACUUGGCUGUGGACCAAGCGGACGACCAAGUCACGUCUUUGGGAAGGACUGCGUCACAUGUCUCCAUCUCCCUGCAUCAACCACAACAAGAUGAGAACUACUUGCCGUCUGCUCUGGACGGCAGCUUACUCGAUGCCAUUGACCUGAAAGUCCAUGACAAGUCCAACCCUCUUGAAAUGAAAGACAAAGACGGAGUGGUCAGUCAGGUAUGGGUAGAAGAAGAAGGCAAUGAAAGAGCUAGUAUUGUGGAGCUCACUCUAGAUGUACCCGAGAAGGUCAACCUCGUCUGUGAGCUAGAACAUGGAGGUUCCAUCGAUGUCACCAACAAGAUUGAAGGUGAUGUCAAACUCAAGACUGUAGGCGGUAACGUUCGUGUCAAGAAACUGAGAGGCCAUUCGAUACAGCUCGAGACGACGAGCCAUGAUGCCUACAUUCAUGCAUCGGAUCUGUUGGAGGCUCAAAAGUUAAGCAUCAAUCUAAGUGGUGGAGGGAGAUUCCGGUCCAAACGGAUUCAUGGCGAGACGGUGGAUAUUCAAGUAGUGGCCACACAGCAACAAUCAUUAUCAACAGCACAACCACCAAACAAUCUACUUCAUGUGUUUGAACAACUGGAUGACGACGAUGAAGGCUCCCUGGUGGACAUUAGUUCCAUGUACGUGUCGGGCACGGGUGGGGCGCACGUCACCUUGCAGGGACCACUCCAGCCGACCAAACGUGCAGUCCGCAUCAAGUCCCAUCACGGUCCGGUUCUUGUACAAUCCUCAGGUGUGCACCGACCAUGCGACGAACACCAGCCAUUGGUAGAACUGGGCAGUGUCAAUGGGAGCUGCGAAGUGGCCAUUCAGGACGUUGCUCCCAGUAGCAACAACAAUGAAGAUCCUGACGACUGGGUUGCUUGUCGCGUGCACUACGAUAGCAUUUCUCCGGAAUCGGUCAGUCUCAUCACUACCCAAUUAGGAAAUGUGGGACUCACGUUUGAUCGAAAGAUGGAAGCGGAUCUGAGGUUGUUAUCCUCCAAAGACGCCACGACGCUAGCGGACAUGGCAACUCGCUUGGCAGACGAAGAAGAUCCAGAGCUGACGGUUGCCGGAAACAAGAGUAGUGAUGGAGAUCCAACUCGCAUCAGCAUCACACUUGUCCUUACCAAGAGUCACUCGCAUGUUGUAUCAUCGGCAGACCAGCAGCACCAGUUGGAGUACGUCGAAGGGUGGGUCGAAAACAAGAGCCACGAACCCGACAGUCGGUUCGAAAUGAAAACACGCAGUCCGAAGGACUGGGUAAGAUCCGGUUGGAUGGAGCGCCAAUCAAGCGCUCCAAAACUUUUCGGCCCCACAGAAGAAGAAGAAGAUGGGGUCACUACUAGUGACGACAAAACGACAAUGGGUGGUGCUCGGCCCUUGAUUGUGGCGGCUACCGUCGGUCAAAUAUCGGUGGAAACGCUGAGUUGGCUGGGGGCCAUUGCUAGACGGUAUGGUUUGGAUGAGAAAGGUAGAGACCUUGGAAGACAGGCUACUCGGAGGGGCAGGGUGGUCCUGCCAGCGGAUGAGUAA